AACGUUUGUGUUUACGUGUUUUGUCCUAGCAAAAAAAAAAAAAAAAAAAAAACCGUACGUGUUUCUGCCUCCUACUUCCACUGCAACGCCACCAGAAACACCAAAGCCUUUCUCUUCUGUCUUCAUUCAUUCUCCUCCUAAUUUCUGGGUUCCCUCGGUUUCAAAAAACAAAAAACAAAAAACAAAAAACCGAACUCAUUUACUUUUCCUUCUUCUUUGGUUUUGUUUAUUGCUCCCUUUUCUGGUUUCUGGGUUUUUUCCGAAUUUAACAUAUAUAAUGUGUGGAAUUCUUGCUGUUCUUGGUUGCUCUGAUGACUCUCAGGCCAAGAGGGUCCGAGUCCUUGAGCUUUCUCGCAGAUUGAAGCAUCGUGGCCCUGAUUGGAGUGGUCUUUACCAGCAUGGAGAUUGUUUCUUGGCUCAUCAGAGGCUGGCCAUCAUUGACCCUGCUUCUGGGGAUCAACCUCUGUACAAUGAAGACAAGUCAAUUGUUGUCACGGUGAAUGGAGAGAUUUACAACCAUGAAGAGUUGAGGAAGCGUCUGCCGAAUCACAAGUUCAGAACUGGCAGUGAUUGUGAUGUCAUUGCUCAUCUGUAUGAAGAGUAUGGGGAGAAUUUUGUGGAUAUGCUGGAUGGAAUGUUUUCUUUUGUGCUACUGGAUACCCGCGACAACAGCUUCAUCGUUGCUCGCGAUGCGAUUGGGAUCACUUCCCUCUACAUCGGGUGGAGUCUUGAUGGCUCAGUUUGGAUAGCAUCAGAACUGAAAGGAUUGAAUGAUGAUUGUGAGCACUUUGAGAGCUUCCCGCCCGGUCAUCUGUACUCGAGCAAAGAAGGUGCACUCAAGAGAUGGUACAAUCCUACUUGGUUCUCAGAGGCCAUUCCAUCUGCGCCAUAUGAUCCGCUUGCUCUCAGAAGUGCCUUUGAAACUGCUGUGAUCAAAAGGCUAAUGACUGAUGUGCCCUUUGGAGUUCUUCUCUCUGGAGGCCUAGAUUCAUCUUUGGUCGCCUCUAUCACGGCUCGCCACUUGGCAGGCACGAAGGCCGCCAAGCAAUGGGGAGCACAGCUCCAUUCGUUCUGUGUUGGACUAGAGGGUUCGCCUGAUUUGAAGGCUGCAAAAGAAGUUGCAGACUAUUUGGGAACCGUUCACCACGAGUUUCAUUUUACUGUUCAGGACGGUAUUGAUGCAAUAGAGGAUGUUAUUUACCACAUUGAAACUUAUGAUGUUACGACUAUUCGAGCUAGCACCCCUAUGUUUCUUAUGUCCCGUAAGAUUAAGUCUUUGGGGGUUAAGAUGGUGAUUUCUGGUGAGGGAUCCGAUGAGAUUUUUGGUGGAUACUUGUACUUCCACAAGGCACCCAACAAGGAAGAGUUUCACCGCGAAACUUGCAGAAAGAUUAAGGCACUGCACCAGUAUGAUUGCCUCAGGGCAAACAAAUCAACAUCUGCUUGGGGAUUAGAAGCUCGUGUCCCUUUCCUGGACAAAGACUUCAUCAACGUUGCAAUGGCUAUUGAUCCUGAGUUUAAACUGAUCAAAAAGGACCAAGGAAGAAUUGAGAAAUGGGUCCUCCGGAAGGCCUUUGAUGAUGAGGAGCAUCCUUAUCUGCCAAAGCACAUUCUGUACAGGCAGAAAGAACAGUUCAGUGAUGGCGUCGGCUAUAGUUGGAUUGAUGGCCUGAAAUCCCAUGCUGCUCUCCAUGUGACUGAUAAGAUGAUGCUGAAUGCUGCACGCAUCUUCCCGCACAACACUCCCAAUACAAAAGAAGCCUACUACUACCGAAUGAUUUUCGAGAGGUUCUUCCCACAGAACUCAGCCCGGAACACAGUACCUGGAGGACCAAGUGUGGCCUGCAGCACAGCCACAGCUGUGGCAUGGGAUGCUGAAUGGUCCAAAAAUCUUGACCCAUCUGGUAGGGCUAUAUUUGAAGUGCAUCAACAAGCUUAUGACAAGCAGGCUGCACCUGUGACUAGCAGCAUUGUGCCUCCGGAGAUCAUCGACAAUGUACCUCAGAUGAAAGUGAGCACUCCCGGGGUCGCGAUUCUCAGCUAAUAAUAACAAUGCGCUGCAGGAGGAUAUCUAAUAACUUCUGCAAGACUAAGGGUAGUAAUCACAGAAUUAAGAGACUUUGCGAUGCCUUAGUGUAUAAAAAGUAAUAGGGCACUAUGUAAAGUUGAAGGAAGACCACCUGUUGGUUUUAAAGAUAUUGUGUUUAUCAUCAAACUGUUGUACUUUUCCAAUACAACAUUUUGAAGUGUGCUAUCUAUAUAAUGGAGAUGUUUUUAAGUUUAGAAUCUCUCUGUAAGUUUCUUUCUCUGUCUUCAAUGAUCCUUUUUCACUAUGAAUAAAUGAGACAAUGAGCCUAAUAUAUGGUGUC